AUGAUCCUCAAUUUAAUACCCUUAUUAUUAACCGCUGCGGCAGGUUAUUACAUUUACAAGAAAUUCAUUGCGGAAAGGCUGGACAGUCCCACUAAUAACCCGAAUGUCAAAGGACUGGAAAAAGAUGAAAUCAAAGCCGCUGUUAAAGAAGGAGAAACCAAACAAAAAGAAGUCAAAGAAGAGAUUAAGCAGAUUGAAAAAGAAAGAAAAGAUAUCCUCGCUGGUAGUGACGCCGAUAAAGCCGACAAAGCCAAAGAGAAAUUAGAAGUCAAGGAAGAAAAAGCCAAGGAACUGAAAGAAAUAGAAACUAAUUUAGAAGAUUUAAAAGUGGUAGAAAAAGGUGGCUGGAAGUCUAUGAUGCCGAAUAAAAUCAGUUGA